UGUCAUCAUGCAGGUGGAAUCUGCGCAGUGGAGCUCAGCGUAAGGAUCUCCACAACCAGACACAUCCUCGGCCUACACGGUGAUUAUACACAGGACACUGCACGCUGGGGAUCAGGCUUUCAUUACCGCUGUGGAGGAAUCUAUCAACAAGCCUCAGAAAAUAAACUGCUGAUAUUUUCCACUUAAUGAUCAUCAGUAUGUUAAGAGGGGCUUAGUUUAUUUGACUGAAGAUGAUGAUAUAGCAAAGUAAGAUAAUUUUUCUUUGCAACUAUCUACUGGAAGAACCACACGUUGUUGUGGUAGUGCUGUCAGACUGUUUCUCUCCUGGCGCAGUCCAACUCAGCUGGAGUCGCACAGGAUGCCGUGCAGCCCUAUAGGAUGUGACUCUCUCAACAAUUUCCAAGACGCGAAAAGGACGUAAUCAAUCUCCUGCGGAUCUCUUCUUUUUAAACUCACGGACAUGAUGGAUGAAGGCACUGCCAGCGAGACUAUCCCAGAUCUGAAAGACAUAGAGGUGAAAAUCGGCCGGAAGACUCCCGAGGGUUUGCUCAGGUGGAUGCGGGAAGACGUGUCCUCUCUCCGUGGAGACGCCAAGCUGAGUGCCGCGCACGACUCCAGUAAGGAGACGGGGAAGAAGAGUUUGGAUGAAAAGAUCAGGAAAUUAAAGAUAGAGAUGGCCCACUUGCGCUCUGUGGAUGUGAAAAUCUUGCAGCAGUUGCUGGCUGUCCAUGAGGGCAUCGAGGCAGUGAAAUGGCUGCUGGAGGAACGCAGCACCCUAACCAGCCGGUGCAGCAGCCUCACUAGCAGCCAGUACAGCCUGGGCGAGGGCCCGGACACAUCCUGGAGAGGCUCCUGGAGCAGCCUGCAGGACCCAAACGAUAAGCUGGAUGACAUCUCCAUUGGCAGCUACCUGGACACCCUGGCAGAUGACAUGGAUGAGUACUGCCCCUCCAGCUCUGAGUCUGUCAUCUGCUCUAACACACCACUGGUUUCAGAGGCUAGUGUAGGAGGUCGGACAGGGAGAGGCCCUGGGGCCACAGUUACAGCCGCUGGGACAGGAGCUGAGGUGGUGAUGAAGCCUAGCAGUGGGGUUAAAAGUGGUGUUCGAGCUGGGGCAAAUGAAAAUGAAGUUGCGGCUGGAAAUGGAACAGAGGUGAAAGGUGGACCAGGCACUGGGGUUACCAGUGGUGGAACUGGGAUUGUUGCAAAACCAGCAGCUCCUGUCAACUCUUCUCCAGUUAAGUCUGAGGUCCCUAAGAAAGAUGCUCUGGUCUGGACCAAAACUGGACAGACGAGUAAGCAAAGCCCCAUUUCUAAGGACAAACCCCAGAUGCAAUCUAUCAAAGUUAACGGUGUUCUGGAGAAACCAACCACGCAAACAGGCAGCCCAACCCACUCCAGCCUCAGCGAGAAACUGGGAACCAGCCAGAGCCCAAAACACAAACCUUACAAAAACGGCAAGAUUGACUUAGAUACUUGCACAAUGAAUGGUAAAAUGCAUCGGGAGUACGAUACGCACUGGCGAUGGGUGCAGUCGCAGGAAGAUGUGACAUUUUUGUAAGAAGGCUAAUAACAGAGAGGAUAAAAGCAGCUAUUGACCAUUCUGUCCAACAUCAAACACCAGAUCCCUAAAGGUUAGAAGGGUGGACUGCUGUUGUGACAUGCACAUAGUGUGGCUUUCCUUGCUGAAAGACACUGGGUUUGAAAAACAAAGGAACAUUUUUGUUCUAUUGAUCCUUUCUGUGACUGCACUAGCUUGCUAUAAAACACUGAUGUCAGUAAUAAGGAGGAUGCAUAUAACAGGGUUUUGACCACAUUUAGCCAAACUGGGCUGCCUCACACAAGCUUAGGAAAAUCUGUUUUAAAAUCCUGUCAGUUUUUCUCAGGAUCUUUCUUGACAUUCCUUAAUUUUAGUCAAUUUUUAAAUGUUAUUUUAGUUUAUUUCAUUAAAAACAAAGCACAGAGGCAUUACUUUCUCCUAUUCAUCCAGAAUAGUAAUUCCCACAGAGUACAUUAGUUUCAUAUUUAGUUUUGUGGGUCAUCUACAACACUAGUUUCUUUAUUAUUAUCUUUUUUUCUUACUUUUUGGUUUGUCAAACACUUAGCUAUGAGCCAUUCAACCCCAGAACUUUAAUUUGUCUUCCUAGAUUGUUUAAUUUGAAGGCAUUGUAGAAGAAAAAAGGAAGAGUAUCCAAUAUUUCACCAAAAAAGUAUAAUAAUAUAUGAUAUAACAACAGGUAUUUUACUUUCCUUUAAUUUUUUUUGUGACACCUGAUCUCGAGGCACUGGGUUAGAAACCACUGCUCUAUAAUAAGCAUCACUUUGCACUGAUACAACCGAUUGUACUCCAUUUAAGUUAGCAGUAAUAGUAUGAGUCCAAAGUUUUCCCCUUAUGAACCUCACAGAAAUGACAUGCAUUUUAUAGACCUUUAUUUCUGGGCAUUAAAACUGAACAGUUCCAAUGGUCAUAGAGAGUAUUAGACGAUAAACUAUUAACAACAAGUGAAAUAUAAUUAAUUAAACACCUAGGUGAUAAAAUGUUAAGCUAACAUUUGUGUGAGUCAGUAUAGAAGACAAAGCAGUGAGGUUUGUAUGUUUCUCUCACUGAAAAUCAAUAUACCCACUGUUAGCGUUUACCUCUUUGUGGAGCUAAUACCCUCAGUGCAUAACCAACUAUCUGCAAUUUUCUAUAGUCAUCGAAUUGCAGUACAGCUACUCUGUCCAUCGGGUACUAGUUGUGACUGGUUGUAGGCUAAUCCUGAAUAUGACUAAAUAUUUUAUGUUUUUUAAAAUUUAUGGUAAUUUAUGUUAUUUUUUGAAAGCAGAUUUUGUGCCUGGUUAGUGUAAACCUUAACUACAUAUGCCUGUACUUUCCUUCCUGAGAUGUCUGCACUGUUGUUACGGUAAUCCAAGUUUUUUUCCACUGGCUUUGGCUUUUAUUAUUUUUGUCUCUUCCUGGCCUUUGCUUGCAUGUACAGAUGGCUACACCAACAGCCUGUGUGCUCUUUAGUGAUGAGUGGUGAAUGCGUAACGUAGGCUGGGUCGACACUGCAUGCUCUGUGCUGAGAGCUUUAUUAGUUGCACUGAGAGUGUGGAAGACACAAUCAGAAGAAAAGCAAUAUGUGUUUAACCCUUUCCACUGGCUUACAUGAACAUAAACAAAUAAAAACUAAUAAUAAUAUUGGUUCUUCAGGAGUUGACAAGACUACUGACAAGGAGGGGAUGGGUAUGUGUGUGUCUGAGCACAGGCGGCCAGUCAGGUUCAGAUAAGAAUAGACCAUAUGUUUUCAAGUGUAUUUCAGUGUUACGACACCUCCUACAACUCUGCAGUAAAUAAUAUUAAUGUCAAAGGAAUAGUGAAACAUGGUCCCUAAACAAGGGGAACAGAUUAAAUAAUCAGUCCACGUCCCUAAAAGCUCCUUGUAAAAAUUUGGCCUACCCUUUCUUCUAAUUUUACAUGACCUUUCCGAAAAAGCUGACAUUUAAAGUGAAUUUCUUCCUUUGUCUAGUAUCUUAGGUCACUUCUGUACCACUCUCAUGUUAAUGAAGGGUUCAGAUUGUUAAUGUUUUACUUGAACUACAACUUUAGGGCUGAGAAACUUUUGAAACUUCUUCAAAACUAGGUACUGCUACCGAAACGAAUAAAGGUUUCUGAUGCAAUAUAGUGACAUUUCAGUCAGUACAAGAAAAGGUUUAAUGCACAGCCCCAGUUCCUUUGGAUCCUAAAUGCACAAGUAGAUCAUUUCAUGCCUUGUUGCAAAUACUUUUUACCUUUUUUUUUGAGACACCAUGUUAACCGUUUGCUAAGUCCUUUUACUCUGGUUUAUGUUGCUACAUGUAUGGUUUGUGUUCUUACACUGCACACAUGCAGUUUACAGAUAAAACAUCUUAGUAAUUUUUGAAUCAAUGGGUCCGUGACUUUAGACAGAGGUAGAAAUGAGGUGCAGGUUUCUCAUUUCUAGCUAAUGACUUUAUUUAGCUGUGUGAAAUGACAGCUGUCCCUGGCAGAUUUUAAACCAACAUUAACGUUAUGAGUUGGAUAAAAAUGCCAGCUGAAUUUUUAAUUAUUCAGCUGACUUGGUUUAAAGAAGAGUCUUUUUAAAGGAUCUUAAAUAUACCCUUGAAUGCUAAAUAUAUGAUUAUCAUGCAAGCAGAAUGAGGCUAACGUUAGGGUGCCUGGUGGACAAACCCACUGUGACGUCAGCCAUUGAUUUUCUAAAGAGAAUUUUGAAGCUCAGGUCUGGUAGUGCUUCACUCCGCCUGCUACAGCAAAGAUGUGAAGCAUGAGUUUCAUUUCUCACCGUCAGGGGUUCACUAGGUAAGUACAAGUAGCUGUAGUGGAAAGGUAGCUGGGCAUACAAGGAUUAAUGUUAAAUGUUUAAUCCAGCCUUACAUUUCUACACUUAUUGCUCCUUUAACCCCUUUUAUCGCUUCAAUAUGAGGAGAAGGGCUUAGCAAACAGUCAAUUAAUAGAUAAUGUCCAUGUAAAAAAGUUAACUGCUUCUUAACUGCACUGCUUGCAUUCAUAUAAUGCAGCUUGUAAUAGUGUGUCAUGUUUAGACAGUCCAUCUUAUUUCACUUUCUGCUAUGUUUCACUGUCUCUAUAGGCAGCUACAGUAAAAUGGGAAACAUCUCCAUUUGUUUGAGCCACCUCCUCCUGCCUUUCUUUGCAUCCUACUUUCAUUAACCACACUGGUUUGAUGGAAAUGUUCAGUCCGUGCCAACACACACAUCAUGCACACACAAUGCCCUCUCACUGGAGACAGCACCAUAAAGCCAGCACUGCAGAAACAGGCUAGUCUUGGAGACAUGCACGGAAAGCUGAGCUAAGCUGGACCUUGAACACUUAGAUGAGUUGGAACCAUUUUAAAAUCCCCCUUUUCCCUUUCUCAUUAUAAAAAAAGCACCUACCCAUCUCUGGAUAUGUAUUUGAGCUAUGGAAAUAUAGGCAUGAAAUCGUUUGAAACCUUCUUCCCUUUUGGACAUAUGUCUUGGCUAUAAAGCAUUACGACAAGCCAAGGAGACCGUCUGCUCUGCUAGUUUAUUUUUUUCUUUCUAAAUUAGCAGUCAUAUUGUAGAAAUGCAAGGAACAAACCUGUAAAACACAUUUCAUGAUCCUAUAAUGUGCUUUUUGGGAGAUAUAUUGUAGGCCUAAUAAACCAUCUUGGGCUACAAUGUUUCCACUGAGCACAUCCAGUCUAAAACUAGAAUAUGAACAGUGUUUUAAAUGUCUCUCCUUGAGAGAGAUUUAAUGUCUGUUGACAGCUCAAAGUAGUUGCUAGGAGGAAUCACUUGUGGCCUGAUUGUUGUGAAGGACAAAGAUGAUAACUUGUUUGUGUAUGUGUAAUAUCUAUCAAGCAUGUGGAAAAUACCUUUCAGUCAAAGCUGGAACUAAAAUAUCUCCUAGCUUUUCAGAAUUUUUAUAACGCUGCAGGUUUCCUCCCUAAACCCCCGUGCUAUUCUUUAAUGAUGUCCCGGACUUAUCUUAAUACGUGGUGUUUAGCUUGGCUUCAGGUGCCUGGCUCCCUCCAGCUAUUUUGGGCACAACAUAAACAGCAUGAUUACAUACUGUAGACGAGUGGAUACCACAUUGUUGCCAUGACAAUGCAGCUCUGGUGGAGGCAUGAAACAAUGUUUAGUGAAGUGCCAGUAGCACUGACAGUACUGGUACUGACUGAUGGCAGGUGAGGUGAUAGCUUAUUACCAAGCGAGAAACCCAAAAGCACUGAUUUAUGGCUAAAUAACAUUUUCUCGAGCUACAUGAUCACCAAGAUCAAUGUGCUCCUUCAUAAUCUUGCUGUCCAAAAUUUGUUAUUGAUGCCUUUUUAGCUGAUCAAUAAGCAUUAAUAAACAAUCUAUAAAGCCUUUAGUUGCAAUGUAUAAACAUUUAAUUGGUGCUUUGUUGUUGACCCCAUUUUCAUUAUAAUCUGUUAAGCACAAUCAAGAAAAUUCAAUGCCCACUGCAAUAGCUAUUAUAUAAAAAGCAUAAUGAUAAGCGAACCUGAAUCACUAUGGCUGCUGCAAAAAGCAUUAAUUCAGGAGAGAGAAAGUUAAAUAUGUGCAAAACAGUCACAGUCUUUCUUGCCAAAAAAUGGUUACUGUGCUUUCUCCCUCUCAGUACAAUAUUUAAUUUCCUAAUAUAAUUAUUAGGAAAUUAAAUGUUUUACUUCUCUGAAACUAACAAAGAGCCAAUGUUGUGUUUUCUUCUGAUGUAAUAAAAUAAAAAAAUGUUAUAGAAAUUGUAGUUUUGAGUCAUGAAGAGGCAGAAGCCGGCCAAAAUAAACACAAGUCAACCAUUCAGUGGCAUCUUCAGACGAUACGGUAUGUUAUGAAGAAUAACAGGAAAUAUUAUUAUCAUAUUAGGCAUUCAGUAUUUUGGGCCAGUGCAUGAAAUCACUGUACACUAUAUAAACAGCAGUCAGUACCCAUAUCAUUUCCUUUUUCUUACCCUCCUCACUUCUUUAUUCAGCUUUAGUGCACAACCUUGUCACCCUCUCUAUUGGCAAUCUGAAAUGUUGCCACGAGUAUUGGCUAUUUUGGCAAUUUUUGCUGAAAAGCUGAAAAACAGACUGGUUGUGUAUCCCUGUAGACAGAGUACAGGGAUACACAAUGAGGUGAGUGAUGCAGCUUGCAGCUAACAGGAAGCCACCACUCCGGCGUCCUGCUGCUUUCUUCCUUCUUCUUACACAUACAAACGCACAAACAAGCAUAGUUCAUCCCAGGAGUGCUAUGGAUCUCUAGGUACCUGACAGCUCCUGAAAGCAAGCAUUAAGCAUUUCCUUUCCUUCAGUCUUAUUUAUAUUUUACCCUUGUGUGUGUAUGUGUGUGUGCUGCUAGUUCCAACUGUUCAAAGAUAUGGAAGUGAAUUGAAAUGAACCCCACUGAAUACACAAUGGGCUCUGAACCAGGUCCAAAACCUUUUUUUUUAGUGGAAAUGUUCAACAAAUAACUGAUUAUGUUCAGUGAUGUGUAGAAUUAUAUUAUGCAGUAUGUAAAUUAUAUAAGCUUAUUCAAUGAUUAAAGAUAUUUUAAAUGUU